AUGGACGAUAUGUGGAAGGAAAUGCAGAGGAGAUUUGACCAAAGGCUGGAAACAAUCCAUGAGCAGAUUGAUCAACUAAGUUCAUCUAGGGUUUCUUCUAGGAAAUCUAGGGGAAAAUCCACCCUGGAGGAAUCUAGUGAUUCCAAUGCCGAUUCGGAACAUGAGGCAUUCGAGCAAAGAAGACCGAGGAGAAACACAAGAGCCAUUGGUGAUGCGACCAAAGGGAUUAAGAUGAAGAUUCCUCCAUUCCAAGGCAAAUCUGAUCCGGAUACGUACCUUGAAUGGGAAAGUCGAGUGGAGCUAGUAUUCGAUUGUAAUGACUACACCGAUGCACAAAAAUUGAGACUUGCCGUGGUAGAAUUCACCGACUAUGCCAUAGUCUGGUGGGAACAAGUGGUUACAAGCAGGAGAAGGUGUGGAGAACCACCUAUAACCACUUGGACUGAGCUCAAGAGACUGAUGAAGAAGCGAUUUGUACCAAGUCACUACCAUAGAGACUUGUACCAAAAACUUCAAACCUUGACACAAGGUCAACGCUCAGUUGAGGACUACUACAAGGACAUGGAAAUCUCCAUGUUGAGAGCUGAUAUUCAAGAAGAUCGAGAGGCUACAAUGGCAAGAUUUCUCAGUGGACUGAGGGUUGAAAUAGCCGAUCAACUGGAGCUUCAAUACUAUGUGGAGAUAGAAGAUAUGGUGGAGAAGGCUAUCAAGAUUGAGCAAAGGCUCAAGAGGAGGGGUACAACCAGAAAUUAUAACCCUCAUCCACCAACGUUUACUCGACCAUUCCAGCCUAGAAGGGAAGAGAGAGGUCCGAAUGCUUGGAACACUCCAAAACCCAAGCACGACCAAGGGUCAAGCUCACGGCCACCUUUUACCAAAACCGACUCCAAGGUUGUUUCCAAGCCAACAAUUGAAACUUCAAAACCUAGGAAUCGUGACACCAAAUGUUGGAGGUGUCAAGGAGUUGGGCAUAUUGCAAGUCAAUGUCCAAACCCAAGGACCAUGCUUGUCCUACCAAAUGGAGACAGUGUCACUGAUGAUGAAGAGGAGGAUUACAAAGACAUGCCUCCCUUGGUUGAAGAGGAAGAUGAGAUAGAGGAAGUUCCAACUCAAGACAAAGUUGGAUUGGUAGCAAGAAGGGCACUAGCUACUCAAGCUAGUAAAGAUGAGCUUCAACAUGACAACAUCUUUUACACUAGGUGCCAUGUGACCAACAAGGUAUGCAGCUUGGUGAUUGACCCCGGAAGUUGCACUAAUGUUGCUAGUGCAUUGAUGGUGGAGAAACUAAACUUGCCAACUAGUGAGCACCCCCGUCUCUACAAGCUUCAGUGGUUAAACAACAGUGGAGAGGAGUAUCAAGACAUCUUUCCUGAGGAUAUACCUAAUGGAUUGCCUCCAUUAAGGGGAAUUGAACAUCAAAUUGAUUUCAUUCCUGGAUCUUCCCUUCCAAACAAGGCACCAUAUAGGACCAAUCCUGAGGAAACCAAGGAGCAACAACGACAAGUGGAGGAGUUGCUUAGUAAGGGUUGGAUUAAAGAGAGUCUAAGCCCUUGUGCUGUACCAGUUCUACUUGUUCCAAAGAAAGAUGGAGGAUGGAGAAUGUGCACUGAUUGUAGGGCAAUUAAUGCCAUCACGGUAAAGUACCGCCAUCCCAUACCUCGUUUGGAUGACAUGCUUGAUGAAUUACAUGGUAUUGGUGCUGUCUUACUUCAAGAGGGCCGCCCAGUUGCCUACUUUAGCGAGAAGUUGAAUGGAGCUGCUCUAAACUACUCAACAUAUGAUAAGGAACUGAUGGCCUUAGUGCGAGCUCUACAAACAUGGCAACAUUACCUUCGCCCUCGUGAGUUUGUCUUGCACACAGAUCAUGAGUCGCUCAAGCAUAUCAAGUCCCAAGACAAGUUGAGUAAGCGACAUGCACGAUGGAUUACCUUCAUUGACAGUUUUACCUUUGUAAUCAAAUACAAGACAGGAAAGGGAAAGGAGCCUUACAGUGCUAUUUUUGAUGGAUUUUUAGCAGUGAUAAAAGGAAAAAGACUUGAGUAG